ACCCCCUUCAAGCCCCAAUUCCACACUCAGAGAGGAGAAUCCUACAGCGAUUUGGGGGCGAUCAACAAUUUGGGGCCGGUUUCGGCGGACGCUGUUUCGAAGGGGAUUGCAUGGCCUGAGUGGACGAAAUUUGUGGAGAAUUUGAGUGUGGGAGGGUAUUCAGGGAGUGGUUGUGAUGAGUUUGUGGUGGCUGAGGGCGCGCCGAGGAGUUUCGAGGCGGGCGGGGCGUGCCUUGCGUUUGCGAGGGACCGGCCGGAUGCACUGAGAUUGCUUGCUAAGAAGGAUAUUGAAGUUAUCGUGGAGAAGGGAUCUACCUCCUUGUUUAAGAAUGGUGAGAGCUCAGCUAGGCUGAUGAGGCUGUUUUUGAGCGGUGAUGAAAGCACUGUGUUGGAAUCUGAGAGAGCACAAACUAUUGAUGUCAUGCGGUAUGUGUUGAGUUAUGUUUAUGAUUCUCUCAGCAUUCCUGAUGGGAUAAAGCAUGAAGACACUAAACUAAUGGAAGCAUCUAUCCGGAGCUUGUUAACUGAAUUUGUUACUCUGAGCAGGCCCAUUCAGGGUUCGAAAUUUACUGAGUCCACUUUAGGACAGGAUCCUGUUAGUUUUGAACAGUUUUCCAGGCCUCCCGGACAAAAUAUUGAGAUGAAAAGAGGUGACUGGAUUUGCCCUAAAUGUAGUUUCAUGAAUUUUGCGAGGAACUCAAGAUGCCUUGAAUGUGAAGAGGUGCGGCCUAAAAUGCAGCUGACUGGUGCAGAGUGGGAAUGCCCUCAAUGUGAGUUCUUUAAUUAUGGGAGGAACAUGUCAUGCUUAAGGUGUGAUUGCAAGCGUCCUGCAGAAAUCCCAUCAACUGCUCCUUACGGUAAAUCCUCUAGUGUAGAUCAGAUUCUUGGUAGAGGCAACACCGAUAAAGCUGAUCUUGAGCAGAGGCUUGCUGCCAAUGAUGAGAAAGCAGAGAGAUGGUUCAACAAAGUUUCCCAACUUGGUGAUAAAGCUGAUAUAAACAGUGCUGACGAGGACUUUCCAGAAAUCAUGCCUUUGAGAAAGGGGGUGAAUAGAUUUGUUGUUAGCACUAGGAAGACACCACUAGAAAGGAGAUUGGCUAAUUCUCCUCAGUCUGAUACACCAUCUGAGUCUUCAAUUAAUGAGAGUUUAGACAGGAUUCUUGGUCGUACCUCGACUCCACCGGCGGCCGAAGAGGCAAAUUAUAGACAGAGUAGUGCUAAGACUGAUCCUGGUUAUGUUCCUUUUGUCCCCUUGCCACCAAAUACUUUUAGCAAACCAAAGAGUUCGAAUAAUGAAGAUUCAUCUUCAGCAAGCCCAACUGGAAGCAAUAACUACAAUGAAUCAUCUGAUGUACCCGAUGACGAUUUUCCCGAGAUCAUGCCUAUGCGCAAAGGAGAGAACCGAUUUGUUGUCAGCAAGAAAAAAGACCGAUCUUUGACAUCGCCACAGUAUAAAAGAAGGCUAGCCAUGGAGCAGGCCAAUAAAUCUGACUUUGUUCCUUUUGUGCCGUUUCCUCCCGGUUACUUUGCUAAGAAAGACAAGCAACCAGAAGCUACUGCUCCUUCCAACAUUGAAGCAAUUCCACUGAAUCCUGCACCAUCAGAAAAAGCUCAGGCUGUUCCUGAAAAAUCCGACAAUACUUCACAGCAACCUGAAACUAGGAGUUACAGUCAGAGUUAUAACGCUUCACAGCAGCCUGAAAGUCGGGACUACAGUCAGAAUUAUAACACCUCACAGCAACCUGAAACUAGGGCUUAUGGACAGAAUUAUAGCACCUCUCAGCAACCUGCAACUAGGAGUUACAGUCAGAGCUAUAACACCUCUCAGCAACCCGAAAAUAGAGGUUACAGCCAAAGUUAUAACAACCCACAGCAAAGUGAAACUAAAGGUUACGAUCAUAGUUAUAACACCAAGCAACCUGAAAAUAGGGGUUAUGGUCAGAGUUAUAACUCCUCACAGCAAACUAAAAGUAAGGAUUACAGUCAGAGUUAUAACUCCUCUAAGCAAACUGAAUCUAAAGGCUACGAUCAGAGUUAUAACAUCUCCCAGCAAACAGAGAGUACGGGUUACAGUCAGAGUUAUAACUCUAAGCAAACUGAAACAAAGGGUUACAGUCAGAAUUAUAACUCUCGGUUUUCUGGAAAAAGCUUGGAAGGGUCAGCUGUCACAGAGCCGGAUCCUUUGGAUAUGUCAGAGGAGGCAAAAGCAGCGAGAUGGUUCAGAAGAGCAGCACAAAUAAAGAAUAUAUCGGAGCUGAGUGAGAUUCCUGAUGAGGAUUUCCCGGAGAUAAUGCCAAUGAGGAAAGGGGUUAACAGGUUUGUUGUGAGUAAGAGGAAAACACCUUUAGAGAGGAGGCUUACAUCUCCUCAGUAUAGAAGGAACCUGCCCAUUGUGAGGUCUGAACCGGAGAAAGAUGCCAGCUGAAUUCUGAGUAUCUUCAGAUCUUAUGAUUUUAGAGGUAAAAAAUUUUGUUCUUGAUAAUUAAUGUCGAAUGUCUUGUAAUGCAAUAAUUUAAUCCUUGAGAAAAAAUGUGAUAGAUAUAAAUCUUGACAUGGUUUUUAUCUCCGAUGAAGUGUGUUCUUUAAGUGGUUUAAGGUUGUGGUUGAGAUGAUUUUUAGUUGGAAAA